CCAUCACCUGUGCCCACGUGUGUGUCCAUAAAGAGUGACCGGUCAGAGGAUCGCAUCGUAAAGUUCAAACAUGAUGAUGUCACAGAUGGAUCUGCUGGUCAAAUGGAAGAAUGCAAACCAGAUGCUGUCAGUGACCAGUUUACCCAGCGGGACCUCAAUCACAUAUUCCAGGUGCUUGAGGAGAAGAUCAUCACCUUUGUGAAGAAUGAGCUGAAGAGAUUCAAGAAGAUUCUGAGUCCAGAUUACCAAGAACACUUUGGGGGUAAAGAGCAGGAUGAGAGUGAUGCCAGAGAAGGGGCUCUCAAGAUGGCACUGCACUUCCUGAGAAAUAUGAAACAGAAUAAUAUUGCUGACAAACUGCAAGAAAUGUGGCAGACUGAACUGAAGAGAUAUCUCAAGAACAAGUACCAGAGUGUGUUUGAAGGAAUACCCAAGCAAGGGAGCUCUGCUCUGCUGGAAAAGAUCUACACAGAGGUCUACAUCACAGAGGGAGGAAGUGGGAAAGUAAAUGAGGAGCAUGAAGUCAGGCAGAUUGAGUCCAUCUCCAAGAGACCAGCUGGACAGGAGACACCAAUCAAAUGCAAAGACAUCUUUCAGCCCCUACCUGGCCAAGACAAACCAAUCAGAAGUGUCAUAACGAAGGGAGUAGCUGGCAUUGGCAAAACUGUGUCAGUUCAAAAGUACAUCCUGGACUGGGCUGAGGGGAAAGAAAACCAGGAUAUCCAUUUCAUAUUUCCACUGCCUUUUAGGGAGCUCAACCGCAUGAAAGACAAACAGCUCUCUUUGAUGGAUCUUCUUCACCACUUUUUCUCAGAAAUUAAGCAGUUAACCUUUCCCAGCCAGGGGAAGUACAAAGUGUUGUUCAUCUUUGACGGUUUGGAUGAAUGUCGACUCCAGCUAGACUUUCAGAAAAAUGACAUUUUGACUGACGUGACAAAGGUCACUUCAUUAAAUGUUCUGCUGAUAAAUCUCAUCAAAGGUGAUCUGCUUCGCUCUGCUCUCGUUUGGAUCACCUCUCGACCAGCAGCAGCCAAUCAAAUCCCUCCUGAGUGUGUUGACCGAGUCACAGAAGUACAAGGGUUCAGUGAUGCUCAAAAGGAAGAGUACUUCAGGAAGAGGAUCAGUGACCAGAAUCUUGCCAGCAAAGUUAUCACUCACAUAAAAUCAUCAAGAAGCCUGCACAUUAUGUGCCACAUACCAGUGUUUUGCUGGAUUGCUGCUAAUGUUAUUGAAUUUAUUCUUAAGACUGAAGGAGAUAAGCAAGUUCCAAAGACUCUGACAGAGAUGUACACAUAUUUCCUUGUUUUCCAAACCAAGCAGAGGACUCUGAAGUUGGAAGGAGUUUAUGACACAGAUCCACAGUGGAACCAGGCUAGUCUCCUUACUCUUGGAAAGUUGGCCUUCGAGCAGCUGAAGAAGGGCAACCUGAUCUUUUAUGAAGACGACCUGAGAGAGAGUGGUAUUGAUGUCAGAGAGGCAGCAGUACACUGUGGCAUCUGCACCCAGAUCUUUCAGGAAGAGCCAGGCCUUCAUCAGGAAAAGUUGUACUGCUUUGUGCAUUUGAGCAUCCAGGAGUACCUUGCAGCUUUGUAUGUGAUCCUGAUGUUAAUUACUGAGGGGAAAGAUCUCAUGUCCCCACAACAAUCCACCAGACCAGUGUUUCAGCUUCUGAAAAGGAAAAUGGGCAAACCCAUGACCACCUUACAGAAGAGUGCUGUGGACAAAGCCAUGAAACAUGAAGAUGGACGCUUUGAUCUGUUCCUCCGUUUCCUUCUUGGCCUCUCUGUGGAAUCCAACCAGAGACUCUUGAGAGGCCUAAUAAAGGAAGUACAACAUGAAAGCAAAGAUGAAAUAGGCAGGUACAUUAAGACAAAAAUCAGGGAGAUGCCAUCAUCAGAAAGAGUUCUCAACCUCUUCCACUGUCUGAAUGAAGUCAACGAUCACUCCUUAGUGGAAGAAGUCCAGCGCUUCUUGAGUGCAGGGACACUUUCUGAAGCCAAUCUCUCAUCCACUCAGUGGUCAGCUCUCGUGUUUGUGCUUCUGACAUCAGAAGAAAAGCUGGAUGUGUUUGACUUGAAGAAGUACAUUUUGUCUGAUGAAUGUCUUAUGAGACUGCAGCCAGUUGUGGAGGAGUCCCAAAAAGCUCUGCUCAACAGUUGUGGGCUCACUGAGAGGAGCUGUGCAGGUCUGGCAUCUGUCUUCAGCAAAGCGUCUUCAAAACUGAAAAAUCUAGACCUCAAUGACAACAGCAUUGGAGAUAAUGGUGUCCAAGAAUUGUGUAGUGGACUGGGUAACCCAAACUGUGCACUGGAGACACUCAGGCUCUCUUACUGCAGUAUCACAGAGAAGGGCUAUGCUAGUCUGGCUUCAGCCCUGACGUUAAAUCCCAAUUGUCUCAGAGAGCUUGAUGUCAGAGGAAAUAUUCCAGGGAAAUCAGGAGUCAAACUGCUUUUAGACCUAAAGGAGGAUCAACAGUGUGCACUGAGAAAUGUCCAGUUCCUGAAGAGUAGUGCUGCUGAGGAAGCCUGUGCUGCUGUGGCUUCAGCUGUGGGUUCAAACCCCUUACUCAUGACUGAGCUGGAUCUGAGUGGACGCAUACCAGGAGUCUUGGGAGUGACUCAGCUGCUCUCUGACUGCAGUAUCACAGAGAAGGGCUAUGCUAGUCUGGCUUCAGCCCUGAGGAUAAAUCCCAAAUACCUCAGAGAGCUUGAUCUCAGAGGAAACUAG